AAAGGCAGAGCGGCAGAGCCACGUCAGCAUCGAUCGUGCAUAAAAACGCAGUCUGUGUGUUCCAUUUCUUGAAGAUUAACGUUUUGUUCUUCGCAUCGUACACCGCAUCUACGUGAAUCAAAUUCCCGAGUGAUUUCCUUUUCUUUACAAUUAAAGUGUUUCCUCGUCCAUCAGGCGAACAGAAAAACUAUAGAAGAUUAUCUCGUUGACCGAUAACACCCCCACCUCACAAGUUAAAGUGAAUUUUCCUACAACCAAAAGACAAUUCAGCGAAAUCACUCGACAUGUUUGGAAAAUCCACAUUGACGUUCGACCGUAGCAAGUUGUUGGGAAAAGGAGGAUAUGGCACCGUAUUUGAAGGGCAAUGGCGUGGGAUUCCAGUGGCCGUCAAACGAGUUAUGAAAAAUUCAACAAACGAACGGGAAGAAUCAACUUUGCUGAAACUCAAUCAUCGAAAUGUCAUCAAGUUAUUUCACAUAGACAGUGAUCAAGAUUUCAAGCAUUACGUUCUUGAAUUAUGCGAAGCCUCACUCGACAGAUUAUUUUUGGAAGAUGACGACACGCGAAAAUAUCGUGGCCAGAUGCCACAGGAUUUUGAAGUCCUUCAUCAAUUGGCCAUUGGACUCGAGUACAUCCACCAAAUGAAAGUAAUCCAUCGAAAUAUUACACCUCAUAACGUCCUCAUCUGGGUGAAUCCAGUAAACAAGGAAGUCGUGAUGAAAUGGUCGGGAUUUGGAUUGAGUAAAGAAGCCAACGAAAGGGGAACUUGUUCCAUGAGUGGAAUCAGAGGAACCCACAACUGGUUCGCUCCGGAACUAUUGCUGCAAUUUCUCGAAGAAGCGGCCAAUGAAACAGAAUUCCAACAAAGAGUGACAGUCAAAUCGGAUGUUUUUGCCGAAGGGCUCGUCUUUGGAUAUUUCCUGUUGAAGGGUCUUCAUCUUUUUGGCUCCCGAAUGCAGAUUGAGACAAAUACCAUUGAGAACAACCCCGUUAAUCUGUUAAGAAUCCAGGAGAAAAAUAUGCUUGAACUUAUCAAGAAAAUGCUAACAGCGAACCCAGUGAAACGAAUUAGUUCAUCAGAUGUCGUCCAACAGCUCAUACAAAUCAUGAUUCAGGAAGAAAUAAAAAAUCCCGACUUUAAUUUAGAGGCACAAAUUGGCGUAAUUCUUCCAAAUCAGAUUAUUAAAAAAUUUGACAUAGAGACAAUAUUAGGAAGAGGAGAUUACGGAAAAGUUUUUCUAGGUGAGUUUCAUAACGAAAAGGUAGCAGUCAAGCGAAUCAAACUAUCCAAAGUCAAACGACAUACACGAAGAGAAGAACUGCAGAGAUUAAACCACCGGAAUGUCGUUCAACUGUUAUACGUCGAGGAUGACCCAACAUACAGGUAUUACGCAAUGGAAUUGUGUGCCGCCUCGCUGGACCAAUUAUUCUUGAAAAAUGAUGACCAUUCAAAAUAUCUCGAGUCGAUGCCCCCAGCGGAAGAUGUUCUCUAUCAAUUGGCAAUUGGACUCUACUACAUUCACGAAACGGGAUUGAUCCAUCGGGACAUUAAACCUCAAAACGUCCUCUUCUGGACGAAUACAACAACCAAUGAAGUCCUGAUGAAAUGGGGCGGAUUACGACUUAGUAAAGGAGACAGCAAAAUAAAAAAAAAUUAUUCGACAAAUGACUGGUUAGCGCCAGAAUUACUAAAGUUACUGGACAACGGAGAUGGCGAUAUACUAAUUCCAACCGUCAAGAGCAACGUCUUUGCUCAAGGACUUGUGUUUGGAUAUUAUCUGUUGAGAGGCCAACAUCUUUUCGGAUCUCCCACUGAAAUAGUCUAUAACAUAAGGGAAAACAAACCAGUCAACCUACCAAGAAUCCAUGACCUGGCGAUACAAGAUCUAAUCAAGAAAAUAUUGGAGCCCAAUCCUGAAAAAAGAAUGACGUCGUCGGAUGUCGCCGAAGUCUUAGAACAAAUCAGGGUUAAGGACAACCAAAUCAAUAUUCCAAUGGCGGAUGAUACCUCAAGUUUGAAACAAAUCAAAGUUGAUUUCAAAAAGGAAUUGGGAAGGGGAGGUUAUGGCACAGUUUUCCAAGGCGAGUGGAAUAACAUUCAAGUGGCUGUCAAAAUAAUUCCUUUAUCCGAUAUCAAACAAGAGGAAGAAGCGCUGCAAAAACUUAAACAUCAUCCGAAUGUUAUCAGACUUUUCCACGUGGAAAGCGACUUGAAGAAUAGAUAUUACGCCAUCGAAUUGUGCGUAGCUUCCCUGGACAAAUUAUUUUUAAGUGAGACGGAUCCAAAAAAGUAUCGAGGACCAAUGCCCUCACGAAAAGACGUUCUUCUUCAGUUAGCUACUGGAUUAGAAUACAUACACAAAGAAAACGUAAUCCAUUUGGAUAUUACUCCCAAAAACAUCGUCAUCUGGGUGAAUCCGGAACACGAAAAUGUUUUGUUGAAAUGGACCGAUUUUGGGCUGAGUAAACAACUAAAAGAAACUGGAAGCUACACCGUGACUAAAAUUAGAGGGGCAGAAGGAUGGUUUGCACCGGAAAUACUGAAAAUACUCGACAAACAGCAACAGACUAGUCGAACUGAAGCCAAACAAAGAGGAACAGUUAAAAGCGACGUCUUUAACGAAGGGCUCGUCUUUGGCUACUAUCUUUUAAAAGGACGUCAUCUGUUCGCUGGCCUUGUUGAGUCAAACAUAUACCAUAACAAACCGGUCAACCUAGAGAAAAUAGAAUGGCAAAGCGCUCGCGACCUGAUCAAGAAAAUGAUCCAUCCCGACCCAGAGAAAAGAAUUUCUUCAUCCGAUGUCGCAAAAGAAGUCAGCCAGAUCAAAUCCGACUUGGGUUAACUUGCCUAACAUAAUUAAAUGCGAAGAUUUAAAUGCUUCAUCUAUUAUCUAGAUUAUCAUCAACUACGGCCUAGUGGAAAACCCCUUUUAGUUAAUUAAAAAAUUUUUAUUGCACAUCCCAGUGCAAUAUCCAGUAACCUGUAACCAGUGACUUUAAUUAAAAACUUGAGUUGGCAUUCGGUCGUUGUCACGAAAAGAAAGGCAAAAGAGCUAA